AUGCAAAAAACACAGGGUGCUACGGAAACAAACGUUCUCGACGUACCACCUGAAGUUGGAGGAUCAAAGCCGGAUGUUGACCACUCACCUUCUGAUGCUACUAAGGAAAACCAGGUCCGAGAAUCGUUCACUUCUAUGACCCUGAAAGAUGAUUCAGCAGAGCCUCAUUUUUCUGGCGAUGAUAAGGAAGUUGAGCAUCCAGAAAUCGAAGAAUGGCCGGACGAAGAUGAGAACCCAGUAUCCCACCUCCCUUACAAGAAGGAAGCAGCAUUAUCAUUGGAGAAAGCUAUUGAGCCUGUAACAGAUUCUUUCAAACCUUCGAGGGUGCCUGAAGCGGAAGUUGCUUCCAAAACGUCCAAGGCCGCAAAGAAGCGUGGUAAAAAAGGUCGGAACCCAGGCAUUCGAUACAACGAAAGCCAGCCCGCUAUCAUUGUUUUUGAUUCGUUAGACUGCCCACGGCGCCCUACUAUUGGGAUUCUUCAGGAUUAUCUUGAGGAGGAAGCCAAAACAAAACGGUCAUUGACCAUUGACUCCAAAAGAAUAGUCGGAUUGAAUGCAAAGCAGAUACCGCAUCAGCCGAACUUCUCUGACUGUGGGUUGUAUCUACUCGCAUAUCUUGAGAAAUUCGUGCGGGAUCCAGACCAUUUCGUGAGAUCUGUACUUCGCAAGGAAAUGAACAAAAAUAAGGAUUGGCCAGCCAUGAAACCAGGUUUAUUUCGCUCUCGCUUACGCAAGUUUCUCUGUCAACUUUAUGAGGAGCAACAGGCACUGAGGGAUGGAAAGCUGGGAGAGAACCAACCGCUUAUGGCUGAUGCAAAGUCCUUGAACAUUCUCCUGGUCAAUACCCCGGUGGAAGGUAGCCCUGCUACUGACGAGGAUCGAAAGGAGUCUGAUGUACCCAAAGCCUCCCCAAAGCCAGCAGCCAAACAUGCCGGUUUAGACCUUCCGGUGACACCUACUCGCUCAUCACCUCGCCGCCUUAGAAGCGAGAAAGAAACCCCGAAGACACCAGUAGCUAGCACCGUUCCUUCAUCCAGUGAUCUUAUGCUCCUAAGUUUGUCUGAUACUACCUCGAAGCAGGACAAGCUUGAUGAAACCGAAAAACCUAGCGGGGAAACCAUUCAAGUCCCUAUGACACCGCCUCCAAGGAAGCCAAGUGCUGCGGUUUCCAGAUCGACCUUUCCGUGA